UUCCACUCGAACUGAGGGGUGGAUGGGACAGGAAGUGCGGUGAACUCACUUCUUCAGCUAGUCUGCGAUGGCGACGAGCGCCCCGCUGCUGCCGGACAAAGAGAGAGAGAUCAGUUAAAAACAGCAGAGAAACAGACGAGGAACCGGAGAAACAGCUGAUAAACACCAGAGGAGCACCAGGGAAACUAGACUGCCGCCAGCACUUCACAUGUGCACGGUGUCUUUCUGAACGGUUUGAGCGAAUAAAACACGAGACUCGGGUUCCGGUGCUACUGAUGACAGCCGGCGCGCUUCAGCUUUACGGGUCUGUGGUGUUGAGUGAGGGGCCGUGUAAAAGGGGAUUGUAAAGAAGAAGAGCCCACUGUGGUGUGCAUGUAUGUGUGUGUGAGGCGCGGGCUCGUCCGUCAUGGGUGUGUUGGCCUGGCUGAAGAGCCAGUUCAUCCUGCAGCUCCUCAUCGGCUUCGUCUUCGUGGUCAGCGGCCUCAUCCUCAACUUCAUUCAGCUGUGCACCUGCGUAAUCUGGCCCUUCAACAAGCAGCUCUAUCGCAAGAUCAACACCCGCCUGGGCUACUCGCUAUGGAGCCAGUUGGUGAUGCUUUUAGAGUGGUGGUCGGGGACAGAAUGCACGCUCUACACUGACCAGGCCACGGUGGAUCAGUUUGGCAAAGAGCAUGUCAUCAUCAUCCUCAACCACAACUAUGAAAUUGAUUUCCUGUGCGGCUGGACCAUGUGCGAGCGAUACGGCGUGUUGGGGAGCUCCAAGGUGCUGGCGAAGCGCGAGCUGUUGAAAGUGCCUCUGAUUGGCUGGACCUGGUACUUCCUGGAGAUUGUGUUCUGUAAGAGGAAGUGGGAGGAGGACAGGGAGACAGUGUUUAAAGGGCUCCAUCAACUCAGAGACUACCCUGAGUAUAUGUGGUUUCUGCUCUAUUGUGAGGGGACACGGUUCACUGAGAAGAAGCACCAGAUCAGUAUGCAGGUGGCUGAGAGCAAAGGCCUACCCAAGCUCAAAUACCACCUACUGCCACGCACCAAGGGCUUCACCACCACAAUGCAAUGCCUCAAGGGAACAGUAAAAGCAGUAUAUGACGUCACAUUGAACUUCAAAGAUAAGGAGAACCCCACACUACUGGGCAUCAUCAGUGGGAAGAAAUACAGAGCCGACAUGAGCGUCAGGCGUUUCCCAGUAGAAGAGAUUCCCGAUGAUGAGAAGGAGUGCGCUGACUGGCUUCACAACCUCUAUAGGGAGAAGGAUGCACUGCAGGAAUUCUAUGAAAAAGAGGGCAAGUUUCCCGGCCCCACCAUCAAACCCAAGCGUCGGUUAUGGACUCUGCUCAACUUCCUGUUCUGGGCUACGCUGCUUCUGUCCCCGCUCAUUAGCUUUGCCUGGGACGUCUUCGUCAGCGGCUCCCCCCUCCUCAUCAUUGGCUUCAUGCUUUUCCUCAUUAUCGCCUCUGUAGCUGUGCGCCGUCUCAUUGGUGUAACGGAGGUGAAGAAAACGGGUUCCAGCUACGGCAACGCAGAAGCCAAAAAAGAGAAUUAGAACUUUUUCCGCUGGUCAGCCACCGUAUCACUCACUUUGCCGUCACUGCUCAGACAUGGAGUUGCCCACCUGUGCAGUCAUCCUCCUUUUUUUAAUAAAAAAGAAAGAAAAAAAAAGUAAUAAUUACGACUGAAUGGGGAAAAAAAAAUAAUGGAAAAAAAACUCAACAUGGCGUUGAAGCAUGUGGGGGUUUGGGGAAUAGUUAAUUGUAACUUUAUAAACUAGAAUAAUACUUAUUAAUUAUGGCAAUUGUUGCAAAACAAACAAAAUGUGAAAAGAAAACAAUACAAAUGUGAGAUCAUCAGUAAUACUCAUCUCCCUCAGUUACCUAGAGGUAGCCUGAGGCUGACCAAUGACGCGACACUGAAAGGGUGAUUGACGGCCUGCUCCUCCUAUUCCUAGCCUUUGUCCUUCUCACUAGCUUAAGACCCAACAGUCCUCAGGGGUCUCUACACAGCCACGUAGUGUGAAGUUUUCUAUUUAAGCCACUUCCUAUAGCUGGACACCUCCCAACCCCACGUCCCAGAUGCUUAACCUCCUUCCUGUCACUCUGUAUAUUCCCCUGCCCCUCUGCUAUGUCCAAACAAUGGUUCCUUCUGCACGGCUCUGCAGCAGCUGUCCCGGCCGCCGUCCACUCUCUAGCUGUUAUGGACUUCUAGAGAUGCUGUUAACGUGACGUCCCUGUCUUUCGUGUCCAAGUUUCUGUCAAACGUUUAACUCAAAGCUACAAACUAGAACUCUAGGAUUUUUUGACACUAAUACAGAGUGUGUGGUAGGAGUGGGCCAUCUCGUCCAGGCCAGCAAAGCACAGGUGACAGCCAGCCCACCGCAUCAUAGUUCAGAUUGAGUUUGCGUGACCUUCGUAUCCGUUUGUUACUGAUUAGGUUGGUACGGCUUGAUUGGUAAAGAUUAACAGCAGGGUUGAUAAUUAACAAACAGGGUUGAUGCAAAUGAAUGUAGUGAGUAGGGGGCUCCCCAGUGGAAAGUGAGUCUUGUUCCAUGUCUCAUUUUUUCCCCUGAUUCAUUGCAUUGUCAAUAGUGUAAUGCAAAAAGAGGUGUAGCAGAAAGGUCUGUUCUCAUUCCAUGUAAAUUCAGUAAAAUCAGUAAAAAAAAAUUCAUACCUGGGUCUGGGUCUACGAAAACCACAAGAAUUAUUUUAUGACUGGACUGCCUGUAUAAAGAUGAUUAAGCAUUUCAUAAAUAAUAAAACGUGCAUGGAAGGUAAACAGUGAUGACUUGAAGAUAGUUAGCAGAGAAGACCAUGUUUCCGAUUUUAAGUGUUCUUUAAAACAUUACAGCGGUUUACAGAGACUGAAAGAGGGUGGUUGAGGGGAUAAAUGGACCAAGAAGAAAAAUGCAUACGAUUAACUUCAAUUCAGUUCAAUUCCAUUUCAUUUCUGUAGGUUACUCACUGUGACAAAUGGCUGUGUAGCACAUGUGAAUGUGAAUCACUGGAUGAUCAACAUUUUUUUGAGUUUGAGUUGUAAAUAAAUUUCAGGAAUUCCUCCUGGAUGUUGACAGUUCUCCAGUAACUGUUUCCUAUAAGCGUUUAGCAAUAGCAGUGUAAUUUAUUGGAGGAUUGGCAGUGGAAUAUUAAAAUGUCACUGUAGUGGUCUAUCAAUCCAUCACACUCCCGUCGGAAACACACAGAGUCCAAACACAUAGCAAUAAAUUAUCAUUUUCACAUUCUUGUAAUGUAACUGUCCAAAGGCAUAUUUCUUGUCAAUUUAGCAUGGUUUUUACUGCAAUGAGCGUUUUUAAAAACAUUACAGAUGGCUGUACUUGGGGUUCGUUUGUUAGCGCACUAAUUGUUGGGUUCAGUUUAAGAAAUGCUCAAAAUUAGUUGAGUUCAUCUUCAGGCCACUUUAAAUUGAACCAGUUAGGUUGCUAGCUCAUGAACUUGUUUUAUACCGCCCGGAUCCAUGCAAGCCUUAACAGAAUAGUGCAGCUUUUUUUUUGGGGGGGGGUGUGUGCAUGUAGAGAGCCCUUUAACCUCUAAGCUGAUGGAUGUGUUUAGGUCUCACAGGCUAACGGGAGCAUUUGCAUUGUGCAGGUUUCAUGCAGAUAGAUUAAUGUGUAGAUAAUGAAUCAUAUGUAGUCAACUAUGUUGUAAAGAUCAGUGUGUGGCCUAUCUGCUGCUGUACGUGUAAUUUGCACAGGUGUCUUGUCUUUCAUGACGGAAAUCUGUACAAAGCUUAUAUGAUGCAAAUGUACCCAAGAAUGAGGGGUAUGGUUGACCACCAAGGUCAAAGUUGAUCAUUUUAGAAAUGCAUGGGAUAUCAGGCCCAUAAGAAGAAUAAUCUGUCUUUUCCGAUCUUGUUUUCUUUCAAGUGUGUUUGCAAAGAGAUGCUAUAAUUAGCUUGUUUUUUUUCCCAAAGCAUCAUUUGACAUAGUGGAGAUAGAGUGCAGUGUAGAGAGACAAACUAAAGAUCCUUUGUUUUUAAAGCACUGAUUUCUUUUUUUAUUCAGUUGCUUUGUAUCCUGGGCUUUAUUGCGCUGAUUUUGGGUCAUGUUCCCCUUUUGGCUGAAUUCACUUACUGUAUGCUUACAAGCAAAACUGAACCAGAAUCAGACACAUUAUCAUCAGCACACACCCUGAUGAGUAGAGUUUAAGAUUUGUGUGGGACAGAAAAAUGCAUUUAACCACAUUUUAUAAGAGGAGUGGUUCUCACACUGGGAUUUGAAGUGUGUGUGUGUGAGACACUCUACUUGAAAUGUUCUGUUCUAGGCGAGGUUUAGUAUGUUGAUAAAGACUGCAUAUAAAUAUUGAAAUAAUAUAGUCCAUUAAAAUUACUACAGAAUUUCCCCCUUUUUUUGUAUUAUCUACCAAAUCAAUUAAAGAAUUCAGUAUGUGA